AUGGCCAACACACAGAAGGGCCCCAAAGAUGUCUGGUGGUCCACUUUCACAGGCCAUAGUAAGAAAGAGCGGGCCCUGACUGGAAGAACCGACGUCCCUAAGAAAGAAGCGCAAGCUGAGAAAUCCGAAACAAAAGAGAAGCACAAGAGUGCCGAAGUAUCGAAAUUACCGACACCGGACCGGGAGCCUGCCCAUGUUUCCACUGUAUAUACGCCUCGGUCUGUUCAAUCCAACAACCAGACAAUUGCCCGCCCGUUGUUCACCCUUCCAAAUGGCCCGAUUGAAAACGAAGUUCCCCGAAACAAUGGCGGAGAAAUAUUCUACAGAAGAGCCAUCAGUUUGAGCGGGUUCGAGCCGGGCACACUGGUGUCCACCAUCAUGUCUUUUGUAAGAGGUGGGCCAUUAGAGAAGAUCCUAGAUGCCGAGUCUACCAUUGCGUCAAGAUUUGUGCGGCCAAAUGCAUACAAAAAGUCUCCGUAUCUCCGAGCCCCCAUGUUUGUAUUCUUCAUGACUCCUCAGGGGGCCAAUAACUUCAUGGCCUAUGCUACCAACAAUGCCCUUCUCACGUUCAACGGGUUGCGUAUCCAGGUCGCUUGGGCCAACGAUAAGAUUUUGCUCAACGAGGAGUUGGACCCGCAUGUGGCCGAAGAAGCAAAAUAUUAUUCUGCGUCUCGGGUGAUUGUGUUGAGCCACCCAAUCAACAAAACUCCGCCAGAACCACUUGCGUCUCGCAAAAUCAACAUCAAUGCGCGGGAGAACUACACCAGGUCAUUUAGCUGCGAGUCGCUUAAACGAGACUUUGCGCAAUUCGGCCAGAUUGUCGAUGUGACGCCGGUAUGUUCGUCCAAGCUUUCGGUAUGCAUUCAAUUUGCCGAUAUUCGGAGCGCAAUGCUUAGCAUGCGGACCCUCAACGAGAACAAUUCGGUCAUGAGAGCCAAAUACUCUCUUUGGCGUGCUCGAUACGUGCGAGAUGUGACUUGUCGGCCCUGCUAUCCAAUAUAG